AUGGCGACGGUGCCGCAGAGGACACUCAACUGGCUAUACAGCGUAUUGAUUCGGACGUAUCAGGACCCCAAUCGCACCUACUAUGAUGUGGCCUCCGUGCUUGCUCAGUAUCCCUCCCUGUCCCCACGAACCGAAGUCUACACAUACGAAAAUGGUUUCUCGGCUCUCCUACUGCAACUCACCGGCACGGUACCUGUCACAUUUCGCGGCACUGUGUACAAGUUUCCCAUAUCACUAUGGGUCCCCAAUACUUACCCACGAGAACCGCCGAUUGUCUACGUGACUCCGACCCAGGAUAUGGCGGUCCGCGUUGGCCAACAUGUGACGUUAGAGGGCAGGGUGUAUCAUCAUUACCUGGCACAUUGGGCGGAGGCCUGGGAGAGAUCAACCCUUGUAGAUCUCGUAUCUAUACUCCGUGAGGUUUUUGCAAAGGAGCCACCUGUCCGAUACAAACGACAACACGUACCACCACGCCCACAACAACCCGAGCCAACACAAACACCACCUCCUCUACCUCCACUCCCUGCAGAACUCGGAUUAUCCUCGUCUCACUCCCCACUGAACCAGAGUGUACCUUCGCCUGCGCCGACAGCCCAGGUGCCACCUCCCCCGCCUCCGAAGCCUGGACAAUUGGCCUCUGCUGAGCAACGGCAACCGAUUCCUGCAGCGCAGAAUAACUCUUCAUCGCCUCUUCCUCCACUGCCGCCGAAGGAACAGGAUCCGCGGUGGGCGCCUCGACCCCGUCCGAGUACUAGCACCCCUACAGGUCUCCCAUCGCAGUAUCCGCCAGAACAAAGUGGCUCUAUGGGAGGCCCCACCCCACCGCAGCGAUAUCCUCAGCAGCAGCACUCCAUGGCACAUCCAAUGCCAGCCUAUGCACAAGGCCACCUACCUUCCCAAGUUGACAACCGAGCGCCACCUGGCGCAAUGCCGCAGCAGUUCCCCCGUGGACCUCAGCCACAGCCACCCUUUGGCAUCCCUCAGCAAGCUUCUCCCCAUCACCCGACACACCACCAAACCAAUGGCCGAUACCAGCAGAUGCCGCAACCGCAAACCCCUCAACAGGCAUCUCAUCACAGUUUCCAGCGACCAGGUUCAGCGACCCAACCAGCGAUGAAGCCCAAGGCCGAAACUCCUGAUCUUUUGACUUCACCUUUUGAGGUUGAGCUUCCAUCAUUCGCGUCAGGACCUGCGCCGCCAAUUCCCCCCAACCCAGAAAAGGAUGCGCUGUUACACGCUGUGUCGAAGGUAUUGGCCGAGACGCUGCAGACGAAUGUGUCGCAAACUGAAUCCGCGGCACGUUCUCUACUGUCACAGUCGGACUCUUUGCACGCAGCGAUCGCCACCCUACAAGGCGAGAUCUCAUCACUAAAUACCCUCAAUUCAAGCCUCCAGUCCAAUACCUCCAUCCUGCAACAGUCCCUCCACCGCGCCGAUGCUGUCAUUGCCGAUGCACAAAGUCGCAUAUCAUCAUCCGCUGCACAGUCGAGCUCGGAUCCAGUACCGUCUGGUCUUCCUCCGAUUGACGAGGUCCUCGUUGCGCCAACAGUUGUAGGCAAGCAACUCUACGACUUGGUAGCAGAAGAACGCGGUAUUCAGCAGGCCAUCUACGCCCUACAAACUGCUCAUGUCAAGGGCGUGAUCGGGGUAGAGACAUGGUCCCGGCACACACGCGGGUUAGCACGCGAGGCCUUCUUGAAGCGAGCUCUUAUACGAAAGAUCGGGAAGGGCAUGGGUCUUGAGGAACAUCAAAUCUAG